GAGCGCUCUUGUCAGUCACGGGUUUCCCGCGGAGGAGCAGACGAAAAACGUCGUUAUUUCAUCCUUUUUUUUUUCUUUGGCUUUGGCAGUUAAGGGCGCGCACGGACGUGAACAUGUCGACAUGGACUUUGUGAGGCUGUUUGGCGCCUUGGUCGCCGUCCUCUUCCACCACGCGUCCGCCGCUAAGAUCAAUGGCCAACGGAUCUGCCGGCGAGGUACCGAGCGCCCGUGCUAUAAGGUGUCCUACAUCCCGGACCGCCGGCGUAGGCUGACCUUUCAAGAGGCCAGGCAGGCGUGCAGGGCGGACGGCGGCGAGCUGCUCAGCAUCGAAACAGAGAGCGAGCAGCGGCUGAUCGAGAGGUUCAUACAGCAGCUGUACGCCGCAGAUGGAGACUUCUGGAUUGGCCUUCGUCGCAGCCCCCAGCGCUUGAGGGGUGGCGGUGGCAACCCGGGAUGCCCCUCCCAGUACUUCUGGCUGGACGGGAGCAAGGCCAAGUUCAGAAACUGGCACUGGGACGAGCCUUCCUGUGGCGGGGAAAUGUGCGUGGUGCUUUACUACCAGCCGUCUGCACCACCCGAUGAGGAAGGUCACUUCCUGUUCCAGUGGAAUGACGACAACUGCAGCGCCAAGAACAACUAUGUCUGCAAGUAUUCUCGAGAAAAGGCACCAGUAUUCACCGAGCAAGGGAACAUAGCACGAGAAGUUCCAACUGUGAGGCCAAACAUAUUCUUCACAACGGCAGGUGAUGAGUCCAAUAAAGUAGGACUGCCCGAGUCAUCAGUGUCUUUCGCAACCAACACCGUGUACGUUCCCUACAUCCUGUAUGCAACCAUUCCUGCCUUGUUGCUGCUGUUGCUUGCAGUUGCUGGCUUCUUCUGUUACAGACAACAAGCUAAGCGCGGGAAGACGGAGACCAAAAGCCCCACCGGCCGAGGCAAACCGUGGGCGCCCACGGACACGCCGUCUUGCCCACUUCAAGGACCUUACGCCUUCAGCGACAUCACCCUGCUUUCUCACCUUUCUCCUGACAGCACUCUGCCGGCGGACUUCAUCACCAAGUACUGCGCUCCCACCAAGGAUCCCCAGUGGAACGACUAUGAGAAUGUGUUGAUAGCGGACAGGGAGAGCGGCUUUGUGAACAACGACAUCUACGAGAGCAGCAGGGCUCAGGGUCGACGCUGCCGCGCUCAGGACGGUUGGGUGGAAAAUGAGAUCUAUGGGUAGGACUGGUCAGGUAUGUGGCCUGUUGUCAUGACAACGUGUGUGGGGCAGGAUUCCUACACGUGGUGGAUUUGGAUUUAUGGUCAACUUAGAGCGCACUCACUUUAGGCCAAAAGUACCGUACUGAACUGUGUGGAUUAUUUCCAGUCUUAUUUCGAAUUCUUUCUGAUUAUCUCUUUUGCGCAAGAUGGCAGGUGGCAUUAAUUACUUGCAAAGAGGAGCGAUCACAAUAAUGAAAUGACGCACGCAAAUAGUCGCAGGUGAGCUAUUUUUAUUCUUUUAUGAAAUGUGUCAGUUAUCAUUAAGGAACCUUUUUAAAACAUGUCAAAGAAACUCUUGAAGGGGACCUACAAUGAUUUCAAUCUACAUUUGAAGCACUUCCUCGUGGUUUAGAUCAGGCGUGUCCAGUCUUUUUUCCAUAAACACCAAGUCAAAGUAUGCAGGGGCCAUUUUGAUCAUUUUUUAUUUUGUAAAUAAAUUUAAAAAAUUGACGAAAACACGUUACAUAUAUUUAAAGACAAACCUUAAUGUCAACUUUGAGUUAUAGGUGGCAAUACUAUUACUAGUAUUAGUUACUUUAGGGUGUCCAUACUGUGGCCAGGGGGCCAUUUGCCGACAGCAGCUCGGGUUUUGUUGCCCCGCGACAUAUUGUUGGGAAAAAAACAACAGUAAAAAUGUAAGAAAAAAGAGCAAAAAGAUGUAAUGUAAUGGUGUUUAACACACUAGGAAUUUGACUCGGUUGUGCUCUCUUUGUUCAAUGUCAACAAUAAAUAUUAACGAUUAACUAAAAAUAUGAACAAAUAAAUAACUAAUAUGUGCAGCGCUCAUAAAAAAUGUUUAAAGGUGAAUGAAGCAAAAAAAGAUGAAGUGAACUUAAAUAUAUACUUUCACAGUGACAGAUAUACAAUACUGUAAAUUGCGGACUAAAAGACGCUACUUUUUUCCUACGUUUUGUCCCCUGCGGCUUAUAAAACGCUGCGGCUAAUUUAUGAUUUUUUCUUCGCUAAAGGCCAUAAUGUUUUGAAUUGAACAAAUUGUUUUCAACAGACAUUGAAAAGUGUGUUGUUUGUGCCAUCUUUUGUUAAAGUUAAAAAGUUAAAGUACCAAUGAUUGUCACACACACACUAGGUGUGGUGAAAUUUGUCCUCUGCAUUUGACCUAUCCCCUUGUUCACCCCCUGGGAGGUGAGGGGAGCAGUGAGCAGCAGCGGUGGCUGCGCCCGGGAAUCAUUGUUGGUGAUUUAACCCCCAAUUCCUACCCUUGAUGCUGAGUGCCAAGCAGGGAGGUAAUGGGUCCCAUUUUUAUAGUCCUUGGUA